AUGAGAGGAAUGGACGUCAUGGUGGGGUUCGAAGACAACCCGUUGAUGGCGGCUCUCCACCACCUGAUGGACUUGACGGCGGGGGGAAACGCUGCGUGCGGGGCCACCUGCGCCUACGUCCGGGACUGUGGAGCCACGGCGUCGACGCCGGCGGAUGUGAAGGAGCUGCCGAGCAAGCUGGUCUUCGAGAUCGACAUGCCCGGGGUCAAGCCCGGAGACGUCAGGGUGCAGGUGGAGGACGACCGCUCGCUGGUGGUCAGCGGCGAGCGGAGGAGGUGUGAGGACGGGGAGGGGGAGUACGUGAGCGUGGAGCGUCGCGUGGGGAAGUUCAUGCGCGAGUUCCAGCUUCCGGAGGACGCGGACUUGGACGCCAUCACGGCGCUGUGCCAGGACGGGGUGCUCACUGUGACGGUGGAGAAGCCGCCGCCGGCGGAGCCGAAGAAGCCGAAGACCAUAGAUGUUAAGAUGGGUUAAGUGAUAAGGGGAGUUGGGUCGACAAAGUCAAGUAGGAGAGAGAGAGAGACUCUAUUGCUUCUUUAUAAUAGAUAUAAGCUCUUGUAAAUGCUCCAAAAAUAAUGAGCGUUCUGUCGUACUAGUAAGCUAUUUUUUGCCUUUCUUCUUUGUAAUA